AUGAAGGCUGCUAGAAAGACCAAAGAGGAGAUAAUAGCGGAUUUUGAAAAUGACCUCAUAAGAUUAGAAUCCAUGACCAUAAAGGUAGAUGGACACGAUGAAGUGUUGGCCUUUUCCAGAGAUAUGCAUCCCAUGCCACAAAGACUCCAUUUCAUACUUCCAGAAUAUUCGGUUUAUCAUUUGACCAUUAGAUACUAUGUCAAACAACGGCCAUUAAGGAAUCUAACGUAUCAUCAGACUGUGAAAAAAUCAGGCAUCGUUGUGGAUUCGCGAGAUUUGAACAUGGUACAGGAUGCAAGACAUGGAGAAUAUUUUGAACACACUUUUAUUCCAGGGGGAGUGCCCGGAGGAGCAUUUCUAAGAAGCGAAUAUCCAGCUAAAUCAACAAUCAAAGAAAACGGUGAAAAGAUAUGGAGCUACAAAUGGACUUUGGAAAUCACAAAGAAAGUUAACAAGCCAACCAUAGGAGGGUUCGACUAA